UACGUAGGGUUGUUAUCGUAUGCAGUGUCGUCACGUUGACGUCAUUUUCACGACAUCUGACAGAUUGCGUUUCUAGGCGAACCAUAACGAAGUUCACCAACUGCAACAGUCAAACAUGGAGACAGCAGCGGUGGACGAACUUGCCAACAGAGGUAUGGAUAACCAGAACACUAACCAGAACGAAGCGUGCGUGACGCCGGCGUGUAUAGAGGUCGACAUCUCAGUAGAGAAUGGCGUUUCGGGCGCAUCAGACGCCGACAGCGUGGUGUCGGAGGCAGCUCAACCAGACGAGGUAAAGUCAGACCCCAUCCCAUCCAUUGUCAUAACACCGCCCACCGAGGACAAGGAAAUAAUGGCCAACAAAGUGACGGAGAUUAUUGCAGUUUCCAUGGACGACAGUCACAUCGAAGAGGUAACGCAUAGUGAACAGAAAGAGGAAGAAAAACCGUUGGAGGUGGCAAGUGCCGUGGACACGGCCAGCGACGACGAUUUCGAAGUCAUCUGUCGCUGCUCAUCCACUCCGGUCUCAGCUAACAACGAGUCGCAGACGUGCGUUUCUUCUCCCGACAAAUACGGCGCGGCCCAUGUACAGGAAGAGAACGCCCCUAGAGAUGGCGAACAAAAGGAAGGGGAUGUUCAUGAGUGCAUCCCAAACGAGGCCGUCAGCGCUGCGCGGGCUCAGACUGUCGUGUACAUUCAGCCGCAGUGCUUUCAACAAGAGAACAACGACGGGGCGAGUCUGUCUGUGCCGUCACAGGAGUACGCUACGGUCCACGUGACCGGCACGGCAGCGUAUGACUUGGGAUCCGUGGCCACAUUCGCCCAGCAGGCCCCCGUCUACAGUGUCAGCAACAGCGCCGUGACCUACCUGAGUGCCCAACCAUCCGUUGCGGGGACUUACUCUUCUUUCCAGCAGGACGGAGUGUGCCAGGCGCCCAUCCCUAAUGGCUACUACGCUGGUGGCUACGUCACUCGCCCUGACCAGUCCCUGAUGGACAGCGCGCAGCUGGGCGAGGUGCUGGCUUCUCCGAACAUGGACUGCGGGGCCCAAAACCACGGCGAUCCUUCUAGUACCAACUUUCAGCACCCUCCCACCGAGAUCCAAAAUUUUAUUUAUCCUUCCAUAUAUGUCUCCAACGCAGGCCUCAUUUCCGUGCUCUUGCGUCAUGACAUGUCCGUCGAGAUGACGGUGGACCGCACGAUCCGCGUGGUCAGUCACCAGCACAUGAUGGCCGUCGCCACGGACAGCCGCGGCACUUCCGCUUGUCUCUAUCACCCUGCGCUUAAAGUCAUGCAGCAGGGCACGACCACCGACAUCAGCACGGAAGCGGUACGAGUGCACAUGGGCCACGACGAAGUUGCUUUCGCCGUGGGCAACAGCAAGUACCGCUUCGACAUGCAUGAGGUGCAACCAGCACCGCACGCCAAGUUCUCUGACAUCUCCAAAGACCAGUCUGUCAACCUCCUCUUCUCCUCCGAGGGCUACGAGAGUCUGGUGCCACAGUGCCUCGAGGUCGCCUCCAAAGCCGAGUACGCCAACCUGCCGAAAGGGGGCGUCAUCGUGCGUAUCAACGGAGUCAAAGUCACGCAGAACGGCGGGGGAGACGUGACAGUUGUGACGGGCGCCAAGUUUAUCCGCCUGUCGCCCUCCUUCGGCAUGACCCGUCUAGGCAACCGCUUCAUCGACAUCGAGAUCGAGCGCGACUGGUCCUCACGCGUGUCACGCGGGCCGCACUGCUUUCUGGCCGGCGACCGACGCUUCAUCAUCUCGAACGGCAAGCUGGAGGUGGGCGUCAACGAGCAGGGCCGCUUCAAGGUGACCCAACUGCAGCCCCAUCGCCCGGCCACCCCUCAGCAGUGUCUUCACCCCGAGCAGCUGGCGCGUCGCGUCAGCAGCGUCACCUGCACCUCCAGCAGCAGCCCGCGGCCCUCGUCGGUGGCGCGUGCGCAGUCGUCCAGAAGACGCAGUGCCCCCGUUGCCGUCUCUCGCUAGACGGCGCUCGCAGCGCUCGCGCGGUCCCUACGGGAAGACCUUCCAAAAUAACAAAAAUAAAUCGAUGCAGUUGAAACAAAUAUCGAUCAGAAGAGUGACGUUCCAUUCUGUGGACGUUUUUACAAACGACACGGAGAAACGUUAAGCUGGUGGCUAGCGUGCGUUUAGCUGCCAAGCUCUUGUUUUUCUAGCACCAUUGGUUGCGUAGUGAAGGGAAAGCGUAGUUGAGAUAAGGAUGGAUUGCAGAGGACAGUGCGAGUGCGUUGAUCGCACGGUGCCAGCGGUUUGACAUCCUAGUGCAAUAUCUCACAGACCCCGGUCUUUCAUUGGUGUGCCGGUCAGACCAACUCAAAAGCUGCGGUGUUCCACUCUCCAGAAUCAGUUCCUCCAGUCCAAGACGACGUCGCUUCAAGUGGAUCAAGGGAGGACUCCGGUUUCUUGACGUUUGCUUAUUAAUCGUUGGACACUUUCCUCCUUGGAUGAUUUUUUUUUUCUUUUUUUUUUUUUUUUCUUUACCUCUUCUUAGUGAUCGUCUUGCAGGCUCGCCCUUAUAUUAUGAAUGUUGCGUGUGCCGUCGCUUUUCUGCCCGUCUUUAUGACAACCUCUUGACUGCGGGGGGGGAUCUGCAGCUUGUUUUUUUUUUUUUUCUUUUCUUUUCCUGGUGGGGAAGCGGGAAGGGAGGACAAGCAGAGGUGGGACUGAGGACGGAUUUAAAAGGGACUAGUUUUGCUAAUGUUGAAAUCUUUAUCAAGCAUUUUCUUUUACAUUGAGCGUUUUGUUACAUAGUUUCAAAACUUUACCUACAAAAUUUUAGACCCAGUUGCGUUCGAGUUAAGGAAAAGGAAAUGUGCACAUUUUAAAUACAUUUUUCUUAAGCUUUGUAUCUUUGCAAUCCAGAUGUCUGUUUUCUGUACCUUACACGUCGGGUGUAAACAACAGCCGAUGUAAUGAGAAAAGAAACUUAAACCUUAGAACAUAGACAAAAGAUUUAUUGAAAAUAUGACCUAGUCAUAUAUGGAACGGCUCUCUGUUUAGCUGUUAGGUGUGUAUAUGUACAAAUAUCGGUUCAUAUACUCAUGCACUUGCAGCCAUCACACACGCACGCACAUAGUGGUAAAAUUGUCAUGCUUUAUAAAACCAUGACAUCCAAAAUUUAAGAUUUUUUAAAAGUUUGAAUACUAGCAGCGUCUACAUUUUUUCUCAAUAUUAGUCGAAUCGAUGCUGUCGAGAAGACCUGACCACUAAAAAGAAAAGUAUAGAAAGACUGUUCAAUUGAGAACUACAUUUACCCUCUCAAAAAUAUGUUUCAUCUUUUUAAUCCAGAGAUAUUCUUUGGUUAUAUUUACGUGUGUUAAUUUACCCUGGCAAAGUUGUAAGUUUUAAAACUUAUUGUUACUUAAAAGAAGAUAUACGAUAAGGGACAGAACAAGCGUUAUGUCAUCCUUUUCCUAUUCACCGACCCACAUUUCAAAGCUAUUGCCAACGCUGUUUUUCUUUCAAUGUAAAUGCCAAGCUGGGACGAACUUGCAGUCCCUCCAUUUUCGCCGUUUAAUUCUCUCUUUGCUUAUUUUAUUUAUUUUGGUUGUGGUGGUCGCGGAGCUGGCAUUACAUGGAUGAGAUUGAUUGUUUUUUUUUUUCUUUUAUUCGUCACAGCAAGUUUGGCCUCGCCGCGCUAGCUUACUUCGGUUAAAAACGAACUGUAUAAUGGUGAUAAGUUCCCGACAUUGUCAGUCAUACGUUUGAAUACUAAAGGUGGAAAAGAAAAAGUCCUAGAAAUCAAACAACUGAGAUGCUUUUGACUUUUGCAAAGUUUCUUUUUUUCAUCACUCUAGAUAUCAGCAAAGAUCGUGGGCAGGUACAUUACCUUGCAAGCUCUGUUUACGUAGAUUUCAUAAUUACAGUAUGAAACUGAACAUUUGCUGUUCUUUUGCCAGAUAUCACUCUCCACACUUAAAACUUUUGAAAUUUGGCCGUUAUUAAUUAAUGUGUACUUAACAAAUAAAAGAAUAAAAAAGAUGAAACAUUUAUUGCACAUCAGUUACUAUAUAUUUACAGCUGUUGAUUUGCCAGUUUAUUCCGUUCUUUUUCAGACUAUCAGUUGUCUGACAGGUCCUUUAUAAUCGGGCACCUUGUUAAAUAAACUUAUGACAUAAACUCA